AUGGGCGACGCCGAGAGCGACAGCGUGCCUCAAGGCCAGUGGUCUGUGGCGGAUAUUGUCUACAUUACCUUGGUUUCGCCCCUCAUGUUGGCGGCUUUCCUUGAAUGGUUCCUCUGGCUCGCUGCGUUUCUCUUUGGCCUGGUGAACGUGUGCCGGAAAGCCGAUCACUGGAGUACUCGUGUGAUAGCAGUACUUAUGAUGCUUCUAUUUUCAGUACUUCGAGCGAUUUUUCUGCCCGUGAUGGUCGUCACUCUUCCUUUACCACUCGUAAUCACUCGUCAUUUCCCCUGGCCCAUGGUCUACUUCCUCCAAUGGUUCGCGUUUUACACCUUCUCGAUAAUACUCUUGGUUCCAUGGGUUCUUUGCAUGUACAGACUUGUGACAAACGAAAUCGGACGCUCCAACAGAGUCAAAGAAGUUUUACACGAAAGUAACACACCAAAGGUGGUCGUGGUCAUGCCUGUCUACAAUGAGGAACCUGGUGUUCUGAUAAAAGCUAUCGACUCUGUGGUUGGGAGCGAUUACCCUUCGUCAUGUCUCCAUGUCUUCUUAUCCUUCGACGGAGAGCCGACAGAACGGCUUUGGAAACUGGUCGCUACGCAAUUGGGGAUUCCUGUUAGUGCUAAGAAAAAGAACCAGAGUAUCGACGUUAUCUACAACUCCGUUCGCGUGACGGUCAGCAGAUUUCCUCACGGUGGUAAGCGGCACUGCCAAAAGAGGACUUUUAGGCUCAUUGACCGAAUAUACGUCGACUACCUUGCAUACAAUGAUGAUUUGUUCAUCCUUUUCAUUGACUCAGACUGUAUUCUAGACAAAGUAUGCAUCCAGAAUUUCAUGUAUGAUAUGGAGCUGAAGCCGGGGAGUGGGCAUGACAUGCUAGCGAUGACAGGAAUCAUCACUUCUACAACACAGAGCACUUCCUUGAUUACAAUCCUGCAGGAUAUGGAAUACAUUCAUGGGCAGUUAUUUGAACGCUCGGUGGAGUCUACCUGUGGUGCAGUGACUUGUCUUCCUGGUGCUCUGACCAUGCUGCGAUUCUCGGCAUUCCGAAAGAUGGCCAAGUAUUACUUUGAAGAUCAGAUUGAUAGAAUUGACGACUUCUUCGAUUACAUCAAAUGUCAUUUGGGAGAGGACCGCUGGCUGACGCACUUGUUUAUGGUCAGCACUGUGAAGCGGUAUCAAAUACAGUUAUGCACUGGGGCUUUCUGUAAGACCGAGGCUGUACAGACAAUGAGCAGCUUGAUAAAGCAGCGUCGCCGCUGGUUCCUGGGAUUCAUCUCCAAUGAGGUGUUGUCAACCACGUCUAGCAGUCUCGUGAUCUUGCCGCUCGGAUUUAUUGCUAUCUCAUUGGGGUUGAAUUAUGCAUUGAUGCUCUAUUUCGGCUAUAUUCUGCACAGAUUCAAGGCGUGGCUAUACCCGUUGAUGUUUUUGCUCAAUCCUUUCUUCAAUUGGUUAUACCUUGUCUAUGGAUGUUGUACGGCAGGUAAGCGUACAUGGGGUGGGCCUCGAACAAAUGCACCCAAGGCAGAUGAACACACCUCGCCUCGUGAAGCUGCAGAACAAGCAGAAGCUCAAGGCGAUGAUCUCAACGUGGACGUCUCCACCUUCCGCGAAUAUGGUCAUGCCGCUAUAGGCGUUCCGUUGCACCCAACAGAAAGUGCAGCAAAUCGCUUGGUGAAUAACAAUCAAGAUGAGCUCUAUGGCACGCAUCAUGACUCUGAGCUCGCUCUUGUGCAUCAUAAUGCAGGAGACCCCACCGUACCAAGGAUCCCCCUACAUCCACGAAACUCCUUCGAUUCUGCCAUGACUGAAACCUACAGUAUCCAGCUUCCGCUCCGUGUGGAAAGCCUUAUGGACGAAGAAGAAAUGCGAAAUUUUUAUCCCUCUCGUGAGACUAAGCUGAUGCCAGAAAAGGACAAAGAUGAAGAAAAGGGCACGACUCAGUCUUCACCGACUUUACCUGGGCGUCUACAUCUUGAUGGUGAAACGAGUGUAUCGGCUUCGACGGAGACCAACAUGGAUUCCGUUAAACAACUAGCACCUUUGCAUCUUACUCGGAGCCCGCUAGGCCUCCAUAAUACAGUUCCUGAGGAGGAAGAUCCAGAGAACACUGCACGAAUGCCGCUGUUCGGCGGGACAGGCAGGAGAUCAACGAGGAAGUCAGACAAGAAGCGACGGCAUUUGUUCACGUUGGGGAGAAGGUCGGGCGACCAGUGA